AUGGAGCUGUGGCCGUCCCGGAGCCUGGCGCUGCUGCUGCUGUGCGCCGCCGGGGCGCUGCUCCUGCUGCCCGCCGGGGAGCCCGGGAGCUGGGGCCGGGCGCUGCCCCUGCUGCUGCUGCUGGCCGGGGGCGCCGCCCUGCUCCGCCUGUGCGCCCGGCCCCUGGCCCUGCGGCGCGCCCCGGAGCGCGUGGGCUACCUCCCCGAGCCGGGCUGCAGCCGCCGCCAGGCCGCCCGCCGGGCGCGCCGGAGCCGCAGGGCCGGGGACCUGCCGCCCCUCUACCCCAACGGCUGGUUCCGGCUGCUGGACUCGCACGGGCUGCCCCGCGGCGGGGUGCGCAGCCUGGCGGCGCUGGGGGAACAGGUUGCUGUAUUCCGUGCUCUGGAUGGACAAGUGUAUGUAGUCAAUGCCUACUGCCCACACCUGGGUGCGAACCUUGCUGCUGGCGGCCGCGUGGUGGGUAACUGUAUUGAGUGCCCAUUCCACGGGUGGCAGUUUCGGGGAGAAGACGGAAAAUGCACUACAAUCCCAUAUGCUGAAAAAGUGCCAGACUUUGCAAAGAUUAAAACGUGGCCCUCCUGUGAAGUAAACGGAAUGAUACUUGUCUGGUAUCACUGUGAUGGUGUCGAUCCAGUGUGGACUGUCCCAGAGCAGGAAGAGAUCACCUCCAAGGAGUGGGUGUAUCGUGGCCACACAGAACAUUUUGUCAAUGCUCACAUUCAGGAAAUCCCUGAAAAUGCUGCAGAUUUUGCCCAUCUAUCUUUUCUGCAUGAACCAGUUUUUAUGAGUGGAGUUGACCUGAGAUACACACACUCCACGCUGUGGGAGUCUAUGAAGCACUGCUGGAAGGGUGACUGGCAGCCCGAGCCAGAACCCAACAAGCACUGUUCCCGGUUAAUGGUUAAACACAGUCUAACAGUGUUUGGAAAGCACUUCUCCUGGAUGGAUUUCGCAGUUCGAGCCAGACAGGUGGGGCCGGGGCUGGUCUACCUGACCUUUGAACAUGCUUUCCUGGGCCGUGGGAUCAUUCUGCAGAGCGUGACGCCGGUGGAGCCGCUCCUGCAGCACGUUGUCCAUAGGAUCUAUUACCAGCGAAACAUGCCGGCGGUGAUCCCCAAAUUCAUUCUGAAGGUGGAGUGUGUUCAGUUUGAACGUGAUAUCAUGAUCUGGAACAACAAGCAAUAUCUGUCUAAACCACUGCUGGUAAAAGAAGAUUCCGCGAUCCAAAGGCACAGACGCUGGUUUGCUCAAUUCUACAGUGAGAACAGCACUAGAUUCACUUUCCAAAAGGGUGGCGUGGACUGGUGACGUCCAUGUGCUCAAAAGACGUCAAAUGGCUGCAUCCCUUUCUCACCCAUGAGAAGGGCAGUCAAGCGCAUAGCAAGUUAAUCAAGCUGCAUUUCUGGAUUUUCAGUGGCCCAGUUGGGCGAAUCUGCAGUACAAGUAAAACUCUCUAGUUCAAUACUUCUAGCUGGCCAAGCGUAGUGUCUGUCAUGUAAGGCUGGGCAAAUCUAGUAAGUGUUGUGUAGGCUUUGCGGUCAUAACUGAGCUGUAGUACUGGGUGCCCCCCAUCUCCAGUGGGAAAACGAGACUGACAGAAUCCCCUCAAGAAAUUGUCUAUGCUUUGCAGGUUUUGUUACUCAGGGACAAUUGCAUGAAACCCCGAUCCUUAGUGCUGCAGGGCUCACAUGCUCCUAUUCUCUAAAGCGGUCAUUUGACAUCUGUUCCUCCGCCCCACAGCACGUCACGAUGGCAAACCUGGAUUGUUACCAUGGAUGAGGAAUAGGCAGGGUCACUCUAAGGAGCAGAUGGUCUGUUCUCUUGCUAAUGUACUUAGAAACUCGCAAGGGAGCAACAGCAGUGGUCAGGGCUGGCUAUCGAUGGUCCCUGAUGGAUUUCUACUGGAGUUUUACCAAGGAGUUUAUCAGCUCCUGAACAGAUCUUAAUGGACACACAGCAGCUAAUGAAGAUGGGAAGUAAUUUUCCUGAUUGUCUUACAAUGUAAGAAUGUAAAAACCAAACAUUUUGUGCAAAGAUUAGUUCCUCAUGGAGUAAUGUGUAUGUGGAUAGUAACAACGGACUGAACACCAGCAAGGACGUGUUUAGAAAGCGAUGUCCUCAUCUGGGGCAAGUGCAGAGAGUGCUGCCGUACUGUGCAAUCAGCAUUGAGUAUGUGUAUGAAAACUGAUCUCUGCUGGUCUGGCUAAAAACUGCUCUAAUUUCCAUUGUGCUUUGUUCCUAAGGGUACGUCUAUACUUACUUCCUGGUCCGGCUGUAAGCGAUCGAUCUUCUGGGAUCGAUUUAUCGUGUCUUGUCUAGACGCGAUAAAUCGAUCCCGGAUCCCAGAAGUGCUAGUAUAAAUAGAUGGACCAACUUCUGCCUUGACUUACAACCUCUAGACUCCUGUUUGCUCCAGGUAAGUCAGGGCAGAAUUUGGUGAUCAGACUGUAAUGUAGUUACUCUGUGCUCAUAGCCAUCAAAAACCACCGUACAGCGCACAGAACUGGUGGGAGCUUCCAAGCUAGGCCGCACCGUGCUGGAGCUGAUUGACGUCGUCUGCUAUCCAGAUGGCUUGUGCCAAACAAAAGAAGGGGGUUACAAAGCAUUCUGCAAACCUGCCCGCGUGUAUCUUGUAAAUUCUGCACUUUACUGAGCCUUUUGUUUUUGCACUGAACCAUAAAACAAUGUUAACCAGUGAGCCAGAGGCCUUUCCUUCCCAGGAGUUUCUCUAGUCCCACACUUGUUACUGUGUGAACUGCUUAAACUAGUCCCUUAACGUCAUAGUCUCGAGGGGGUUGUGUGGUCCAUUGGGGGGAGUGGCUCCUCUCCUUCCGGGUCUGUGGGCGGCCAAUCCGCCCCAGUACAGGUAGUAUUUACUUCAUUGUCUGCGAUGGGGGCUACAGCCAUAGAAUCGCCAUGGCAUGGGGUCGCUUAUCACCUAAAUGCUGAAGCAGGCCUGUACUACAUGGCAUAGCAACGUCAAGUCGGCUAGUUAACCCCGGCAAAUGUCUGGCUCUCUGGUGUGACUGAGCUUGUACUAAUAGGGAUGGGUGCCACAAAGGGGUUACAAGAAUUAAAUACGUCUUGGAAGAAUUACUUCUGGGUGGUACCAGGAGCAGGCUAAUUGUAGGGGGCUGAGUUCUUCUUUGGCUCACACAUCACCCAGAGAAGUGUUCACAAGUGGCACCAGUUUCAUCUCAUUGGUGAAAAUUCUUUCUACAACGUGAAAUGGGCUUUUGUUUUGAUCCUUGCCUUUACUGGUAGACUCUUUAUAGUUACUAUUUUUAUAUUACAAAGGUUUCAUAAAAAUGUAUAGAAUAAAAAUAUACAAAGUGUUACGUGACUCGUCAUUCUCCAGAGGUCCUGAGAAGAACUCUCUGCUUUUUAAACUAGCAGCACUCAGCUGAACUUUACCUAGGGCUUCCUUGGGGUGGAUGAAGUUUGGAAAAGAGACGACUAAGGGGGAUAUGAUAGAGAUCUAUAAAAUCAUGACUGGUGUGGAGAAAGUGAAUAAGGAAGUGUUAUUUACUCCUUCACAUUACACAAGAACUAGGGGUCACCAAAUGAAAUUAAUAGGCAGCAGGUUUAACACAAACAAAAGGAAAUAUUUUUUCACAUAAUGCAUAGUCAACCUGUGGAACCCCUUGCCAGAGGAUGUUGUGAAGGCCCUUAAAGGCUACCAGGCAGAGGUUGUUGCCACUGAGCUUGGACAAGAUUAUCACAGCAACUUCCUUGGGAACCCGUGCUGCAGCUAUGCUGCACAUAGAAGGCCUGGAAGCUUUUCAUGCGCUGGUUCAUGGAAAAGUAUUGGGAGUUGAGUCUGGGCCCAGUCAUCCCAGAUGGAUGGGACAAGUGGGAGGAAGGGGCAGAGUGGUGUGGGGCUCUGGGUGGGGCUUCAGGCGGAAAGGGCGGAAUAGGAGGUGAGACUGCAGGUGGAAGGUGUGAGGAGGGGACCCCCAACUUGCUCAGGCCUUGAGCCCGUGAAAUCUUAAUCCACCUCUGCCUAACAGCCAGCACCUGCUCUUUGCUUUCUCUCCAAGGGCUAUGACCAGUGUAUUGCCAGCAGUUACAAGUUACCACCCAACUCUUCCUAAGCAAGCCCAUUUAUUCUUAAGGUAAAAGCAUUAGAGAGACAAAUAUGUAAAAACAAUAAAAAAUGCUAGGUGCAUGCUAAAAACUUACCAGAGGUUACCCAUAAAAGUCUUUUGCAAACGGAGGCAGCUAACGGGAUAGUUUCAGAGGGCGUAGCUGCAGACUUUCUGGUGAGUGGUGUGUUUGUGGGUUGUUUGUUUGCUUUCUCUGUAUGGGCUGUGUACCCUCAGGGUAUGUCUGCACUGCAAUUAGACACCCAUGGCUGGCCUAUGCCAGCUGACUCAGGCUUGCGGGGCUCAGGUUAAGGGGCUGUUUAAUUGCGGUGUAGACAUUCGGGCGCAGGGUCCUAGCAUCCAGGCUCCAGUGCGAAUCUGAACAUCUAUACUGCAGUUAAAUAGUCCCUUAGCCCAAGUCACCUGGGACUGCCCAGCCAUGGGUAUAUAACUGCAGUGUAGACAUAGAACCUCUCUCCAUUGCUUACUCAGGCUGUUUGUUGGUGCCUUGGUAAAGGCCCAGAGGCUCUGACCCUUGGAGCUCUGAACAGCUCAGCUCUUUGAAGGCUCUGAGUGGUUAAUCACUCCAUGAUGGUGAGGGGUGGAGCUGAGCUGAUCUAAGGAGGAAGGCUUGGUAUAAAAAGUCACUUGCCAGGUGAACUCAAGAGCCAUGAACAGAGGCAGCUCACAGGAAUGUUCUGGAGGAAGUUGAGAGAGGAAAUGUGAGAGGUUUUCCUUCCAGGUUCAGCUCUUCAUGUGAUUCCAUGAUGGCCAGCAAUGGAAUAGUGGUGGUGACCUGCAACAGAUGUGCCGUGUUUUCUUUUCUGUCUGAAACCAGAAAGGACUUCAUAUGCAUGAAUUGCAAGUAGUUAGUUGUGCUGGAGGAGACGAUUCUUGGAUUGGAGGGGCAAGGCGAGACACUGCUGAGAAUCUGAUGAGUUCCUAGACAGCCAGGUUUGGGAAACACAAGUACCCCAGGUUCAAGGAAAAAAGAAGCUGGCCACCAAGGAAUCGGAGAGAGAGGAAUCCAGAGAAGAGGCCGAGCAGUUUGUAAACACCAGAGGCAAGUGGUCACAGCAGCAUUCUACACGUCUGGAGAGAGAUGAGGAUAGGCAGGCUGUGGCCACCAGAGAGAAAAGGACCAGGAAUUUCACAGAGCUAGAAAUUUCCAGUCGAUAUCAGGCCCUCAACAUGGAAACUGUGGAAGAUGUCUCUCAAGAUCCAGCUGGUCAAAGGGAACUGAGAGCUGUAUGGGACACACCUCUGGAUGGCAGCUGUAAGCAAAUCAAGCUUGCUCACAAAGAGUUCUCCAACAGUCCAAGGAAGAUAGACAAUCCUUGUUGGGGAUUCAAUACUCAGAAGAACCGAAAGAACAUUCUUCCAGGGAUAGGUGGACCACAGGACAGUGUGCUGCCUUCCUGGAGCCAUCACGAAAAGAUUAAAUAGGCUUCUGAAGUUGACUGGAAAGGAUCCAUUGGUGAUGGUUCAUACUGGCACUAAUGACACUGUGUUGCAGGAUAUUUGACUGAAGAACGAGAAUGUCCAAGCAAACUUCUUUGAGAUCCUUCUGGUCCUGCAAGCAAAGGCAGAAGAUUCUGGAAGUGAACCGCUAGCUAAGUAAGUGGUGGAGGGUUUGGUUUUGUGGAACAUUGGUCCAUCUUCUACAAGGGGAGGUAGCUGUAUUGUUUGGAUGGCCUCCACUUCAACAGAAGGGGGAACCAGUCUUCUUGGGGACAGGCUGGCUAGAGUAGUUGGGUGGGCAUUAAACUAAUAACAAAAUGGGAUUGUAAAAGAAGGGAAGAUCUGAGCACUGAAUUAGCGCAAAAUCAAGAUGUUGAGAACAAAAUUAAUCAAGGAACCAAAGGAAAUGAAGAGGAGAAAUUCUUUAAUUGCCUAUACACCAAAGUUAGGAGUUUUUAUGGGCAUUAAUUUGAUCUAGUUGGUAUUACUGAAGCAUGGUGGGAUGAUUUACACAACUGGAAUGUUAAAAUCAAUGACACUGGUCUACAAUUUUUGAGAAGUCGUCUGCUUCAGAGAUAAAAUGUGCUAUUUAUUAUGUAUUUUGAUGUGCUGAAUUCAAAUAUGACAAAACAACUGAUUGGCUACUGUUUCUAAGAUAUUUAAGUUUUUACAUUUUAUGUCUAUGUAUAUUGUGUAGAUAGUAGAGUUUUAAUCAUAAAUUGUAAACCUAGGUCUUUUCAUGUGUUUAUGGUUGCUUUACAUGAUAAUAUUUCACCUGGCCUGUUUAUGUAACACUUUAAAAAUCAGCAAAAGGGUUAUAUAAAUAAAAUGUAUUAUGAAACAAAAGGCAAAAAACUAUUAUGUAUAUAGUUUAGUCCUAUUCACAGUCCAC